CUCCUUCUGAAGCGUGUGCAUAACAUAACAUAACAUAACAUAGCAUUGACAUGCGAUCUAAACUGUAAGCAACAGAGCAACACCGAGCAACAAUGGCAUCGGCCUUCGUCAAGCUCGACGAUUCCCCUAUGUUCCAGAAACAGUUAUAUUCUCUUGAAGAAACAACUGAUGAGUUAAAGGAUCGGUGCCAGCAACUAUAUAAAGGGUGUAAGAAGUUUAUGACAGCUUUGGGGGAUGCAUAUAAUGGAGAAAUUGCCUUUGCUGAUUCAUUGGAAAUAUUUGGUGGUGGCCAAGAUGACCCUGUCAGUGUAUCAAUUGGAGGGCCUGUCAUAUCUAAGUUUAUUAACACAUUGCGUGAGCUAGCUACUUUUAAAGAGCUUCUUCGGUCACAGGUAGAGCAUGUGUUGAUUGACCGGCUGACAGAGUUUAUGAAUGUUGAUCUGCAAGAUGCAAAGGAUUCUCGCCGCCGCUUUGACAAAGCUGUGCAUUCUUAUGAUCAGUCACGAGAAAAGUUUGUCUCUUUGAAGAAGAAUACACCGCAAGAUGUUGUUUCUGAAUUAGAAGAGGAUCUACAAAAUUCAAAAUCAACAUUUGAAAAAAGUCGCUUCAAUCUAGUAAACUCUCUCAUGAAUAUUGAAGCAAAAAAGAAGUACGAGUUUUUGGAGUCCAUUAGUGCAAUAAUGGAUGCUCAUUUGAGAUAUUUUAAGCUGGGUUAUGAUUUACUAAGCCAAAUGGAGCCCUAUAUUCACCAGGUGCUAACUUAUGCACAGCAAUCUAAAGAAUUGGCUAAUGUUGAGCAAGAUAAGCUUGCCAAGCGGAUUCAGGAAUACAGAACACAGGCAGAGCUGGAGAAUACACGAGCAUCUAGCAAUUAUACAGAAACCAUGCCCGGUUCCGAUGGCACACAUGUUGUAGGUUUGAACUCUUACAGAAGUUUUGAAUCAGGGAUUCAGUCUGCAGCAACCAAAGGGGAGGUUCAGACAGUUAAACAGGGCUAUCUGUUAAAACGACCAUCAACCAUGCGUGGAGAUUGGAAACGAAGGUUCUUUGUACUUGAUAACCAAGGGAAUUUAUACUAUUACAGAGUGAAGGGUACCAAACCCAUGGGCUUUCAGUCAUAUAAUUAUACUCGUUCUUCUGAACAAAACAGCGGCAUGUUUGGUAGAUUCCGCUCAAGACACAACAGGGCUGCGUCGCUUAAUGAGGAUAUUUUAGGUUGUUGUUCAAUUGAUCUGUGCACAUCCACGAUAAAGAUGGAUGCAGAGGAUACAGAUCUACGGCUUUGUUUUAGGAUAAUUUCUCCUUCAAAAACAUAUACACUACAGGCUGAAAAUGAAGCUGAUAGGAUGGACUGGGUAAACAAAAUUACUGGAGCUAUCACAUCACUUUUUAAUUCUCAGUUUCUUCAACAGCCUCAAUACAGUAGAGUGCAUUCAGAUAAUAAAACCUCAGCAAUUGGUGCUUCGUUGGCAAGUCAAUCAGAGGAUAAUCAUAGAUCUUUAAGGGAUGAAGUAUAUUCCAAGGAAAUGGGUAGUGUGUCAAAUAUUUUAAGGAGAAUUCCUGGAAAUGAUAAAUGUGCUGAGUGCAGUGCUUCUGAACCAGAUUGGGCAUCUCUAAACCUUGGCAUAUUGCUGUGUAUUGAAUGCUCUGGAGUGCAUAGAAAUCUUGGAGUGCAUGUCUCAAAGGUGAGAUCUAUAACAUUAGACGUUAGGGUUUGGGAACCUACCAUUUUGGAGUUAUUUGGUAACUUAGGUAAUACUUAUUGUAAUUCAAUCUGGGAGGGCUUGCUUCUACUUGAUCAUGAAAGGGUAGGUGAGUCAAAUGUGCCUAUGAAACCUUGCUCUGCAGAUGCCUUCCAAGACAAGGAGAAGUACAUCCAAGCAAAGUACGUAGAGAAAUCUCUUAUCAUCCGAGAAGAGGAUGUACCUGAGAAUCCUUCAGUUUCCAUAAGAAUCUGGCAAGCAGUUCAGGCCGUAAACGUACGAGAAGUGUAUCGCCUUAUUGUCACAUCAGCAACUUCAAAUCUGAUAAACACAAAAUAUAAUGAUGAGGUUUACCAUGCUGAUGCAGAAGGGAAUCAGCAUGAUCCCGAAGCCUGUCUGAGUGAUGAACAGACUAACGAGACACAGAGGUGUUUCCGUGGAUGGUCAUUAUUACAUCUUGCAUGCCAUACUGGCAGUGCAUUGAUGGUUGAGUUAUUGCUCCAAUUUGGUGCUGAUGUAAACUUGCAUGACUAUCAUGGAAGAACUCCCUUGCACCAUUGCAUUUCAAGUGGGAAAAAUCAAUUGGCAAAGUUUCUAUUAAGAAGGGGUGCUAGGCCGUCAGUUAAAGAUGCUGGUGGGCUCACUGUACUUGAAAGAGCAAUGGAGUUGGGAGCAAUAACUGACGAAGAACUAUUUAUCUUGCUUGCUGAAUGCCAGUGAAGAUGGAUCUGGUAUAUACCAUUAUUAAGAAUGUUGAAGAUAUGUUAUUGUUCAUUGAGAAAUGAAAGUUUGAUUCUAUUUUAGCAUGCCUAAUUUAUCGAAAGGAAUUUCAUUAACUUUUUAAUUUAUCUGGAUCCAUAUUUGUUGCAGUUACUACAGAAAACACUUAACAUGUAUCUCUUAAUGAAUAUGUUAAAAGGAUACAUUCAUCAAGUUACUUCCAAUAUAGAAAACAACCUCGUUUGAGCCGUA